UCACAGCGCUUUGAUACGUACAGCUGUAGCUGUAGAAACAAUAGAUGUUACAGAUUUUGUUUCUAUCGAAUCAGUUGUUUCGAUUCUAUCGUACAGAUAUUAUCCUCGAUAAGAGUCGUAUCGAAUGCAGAGGUCGAAUGUUCCUUAGCGAGAUAGCGACUGUAGUUCAACGGUUUGUUUGUGUAGUGGUGGUUAGUGUUACAAAAUCCGUGUGUUUAGGCGUGCUGGUGUUGUGGAAGUUACUGUGUUUUAUCUGUUUGUGGACAUUUUUUAUGUUUCCAUCAGAUAUCAAGAGGAUUACGGUAUUCCACGAAGCUAGACAUGAAGAAAUCUCAUAAGGAAACGGUGACACCUAAAACACUGCCGCGGAAAACCUUAAGGCCUCGCAGAGUUAGAUUUGACCUGCCUGUGAAGGAGAAAGAGGUUUCACCAUCUCAGGAUACAUUGAAGGAGUCUAGCUCUCGUCAGAAGAAAGUGAAAUCCUCCCCAUCUUCUCCAACAGUUAAAGGGUCAUCUGUGGCAAACAGGACAAGAAAAAGAAAGCGGUCUGUGGCACCUUCCUCCCGUCUGCAGAAAGAACCAGAAUGCAACCUUGUUAAGGGUGAUUUGCCAGCUGGACAGUCAGAAACUGCCUGUUCAACACCUGCACCAGUGCUUUCGGACACAAUAGAGGAGCCCGAAGAGUGUCCUCCGAAGAGACGAACACUACAUUCUCUCUUAAGUGUGGAACAAGAGAUAGUCCAAAUAUUGGCAGAAAUGCAAAUGAAGAGAUCUGGUUGUACUUUUGGUACUAAUGAUGAAGAAACCAAAAGAAAUGUUACAAACGACACACAAACAGAAGAUAAUAGAUCUGGUGUCAAUGAUGAAGUUAUGGGGGAAAAUGCUAUAAACCAUGAACAAACUGAACAUAAUGGCACUGUUCCAGUUGCUGUUGAUGUCAUUAAUGCUAUUACUGAAAUUAACCAGGAUAAAACUCUCACCCCAAAUCACCCUGAAGAUGAUGCCACUGUUCCAGUAGCACUUGAUGCUGCUAGUGCUAUUAUUGAAAACAACCUGGAGGAAACUCUCAUCCCAAAUCACCUUGAAGAUGAUGGCAAUGGUCCAGUAAUCACUGAUGUCACUAGUGGUAAUAUCGAAGACAACCUAGAAGAAGCUAUAACGUCAGAUGACGUCAGAGAUGAUGAUGCUGGUUGCCCAGAAAACACUGAUCCUGCUGCUGACAUUGAUAUAAAAGAAAAUAUUGAUGCAGUUGUGGCCACUGAUCAAGUUGAUGAUGGGGACUCUGAUUGCCCAGUAAACAUUGAUGCUGCUGCUGACAUUGAUACAAAAGGAAAUAUUAAAGCAGUUAUGGCCACUGAUAAAGUUAAUGUUGAGGUCUCUGUCAGCAUUUCCGUUGGACAUGAAAAGUGUACUGUGAAGCAAGAGAAAAAAGAUGGUUUUAAUGGAGAUGUAGAGGAAAGGCACCCCAGUAACCCAACACCUGAUGAUAUCCGCAAUGGUGGCACUGAAGAAGAUUCAGAUGAGCUUGAAGUUAUAUAUGAAAGAAAAAAGCAUAUGUCCACAUCUCCUGUUGUAAAAUAUCAAAAAAGUGCAGUUCAGCCAGAGGAGGCAAGUCAUUUUAGUGUGGACAUAAAAGUUGCGCACCCCCGUAACCCAACACCUGAUGAUAUCCACAAUAGUGCUACUGAAGGAGAUUCGGACGAGGUGCAAGUUAUAUACGAAAGGAAAAAACAUGUGUCCACCUCUCCGGUUGUAAAAUAUCAAAAAAGUGCAGUUCUGCAAGAGGAGGCAGGUCAUUUUAGUGUGGGCGUAAAAGUUGCGGAAUCGGUGAAUGCAUUACAGUGUGGGGAACCUGGUCAACAAGAGGAAGAAAGGAGCUUUAAUGUGGAUACAGGUGUCUCGGUCUCCAAUAUUCCACCUGGCACGAAUGCUGCUAAACACAACAAUAUUGUAGACACUGAAAAAUCUGAUGGAGCAAACAUUGAAUAUGUUUGUCCUAUGUGUGUCUUGGCUGCAUCCCACACCACUGAUGAUAAGCAAAAGAAUGCAGGCUAUUUGAAAGCAAUUACAGACAAUUCGAAAUCUGGUUGUCCAGCUGUAGUUAGUGCUUCAAGCAGUGUUACUGAAGGAGAUCAGUGGGUAACUGCUGCUCUCGACAAUGUGCAGGGGCAGAGCUCUGGUUGUCCAACUGCUGUUAUUGUUUCAAACAAUGAUACUGAAGGAAACCAGCGGGUGAAUGCUGCUAUCGACAGUGUGCAGGAGCAAAUAUCUGGUUGUCCAACCACAGUUAGUGCUUCAAGUAAUGUUACUGAAGGAAACCAAGAGAUAUCUGAUGAUGAAGACAUUGUGAAGGAUGAAAACUGUGAUUGUCCAGCUGUAGUUAGUGCUUCAGAUACUGAUACUGAAGGAAACCAAGGGGUAACUGCUGCUCUAGACAGUGUGAAGGACGAUGAAUCUGAGACUUCCUUUGUGAAAGAAGAAACAAUAGUAGACUACACAGUAGAUCCAGAUGACUCGGGGCAUGCAUCUCCUGUACAGCAUUGUGAAAUAUCUGCAGUCGAAGAGAAGGAAGAAGAUAGUAUUGAUACUGAGGAACAUGACUUGACUUCUGAUUACACAACUGAAAUUUCCAGUUUUAAAAGAGAUAUUAACACAAGCCCUGAAGAAGCUUCCUUGUCUCACUUGUCUCAUGAAGCUGAAGACAGCCUUGGACUUUCAUAUUCUUGGUUUGGAUGGAAAAGACAAGAGUCUGAAGCAGAUAUUAAUGAGGUUACUGAUGACUGGGAAACUGAUUGUCCACCAGAAAUACGGAACCCAGAUGCUAACAUUGAGAGAGAUCUCCAAGAAACUGUAAUUUCAGAUGAAUACAUUGAUUCAGUUCUUCAGACAAGAGUACUGGAUAGUCCUCAACCUUCAAAGGAAGACAAUAGUGCUGAGUCAGUUCUUGUGACAAUACUACCGGAUAGCCCUCAACCUUCAAAGGAAGACGGUAGUGGUGAGCCAGUUCUUGAGACAAGAGUACCGGAUAGCCCUCAACCUUCAAAGGAAGACAGUAGUUCUGAGCCAGUUCUUGAGACAAGAUUACCGGAUAGCCCUCAACCUUCAAAGGAAGACAGUAGUGCUGAAUCAGUUCUUGAGACAAGAGUACCGGAUAGCGCUCAAACUUCAAAGGAAGACAGUAGUUCUGAGUCAGUUCUUGUGACAAGACUACCGGAUAGGCCUCAACCUUCAAAUGAAGACAGUAGUGCUGAGCCAGUUCUUGAGACAAGAUUACCGGAUAGCCCUCAACCUUCAAAGGAAGACAGUAGUGCUGAGCCAGUUCUUGAGGCAAGAUUACCUGAUAGCCCUCAACCUUCAAAGGAAGACAGUAGUGCUGAAUCAGUUCUUGAGACAAGAGUACCGGAUAGCGCUCAAACUUCAAAGGAAGACAGUAGUUCUGAGUCAGUUCCUGUGACAAGACUACCGGAUAGCCCUCAACCUUCAAAGGAAGACAUUAAUGCUGAGUCAGUUCUUGAGACAAGAGUACCGGAUAGCCCUCAACCUUCAAAGGAAGACAGUAGUGCUGAGUCAGUUCUUGUGACAAGACUACCGGAUAGCCCUCAACUUUCAAAUGAAGACAGUAGUGCUGUGUCAGUUCCUCAGACAAGAGUAUUGGACAGCCCUUUACCUCCAGACAGAGCUAAUAAUGAUUCAGAUCUCUGCGUAGGAAAUCGGAUAAGUUCUCCAGUUUCAGCUGAAGAUAACAAUGUUUUAAGUACAGUCAAUAUUGAUUUAGUAGAUAUACAGGAAUGUGGUCUUCAAUCAAGAAUAGAUGACAGCCCUCCAGCUGCAAAGGAAGAUAACACAGUUGUUGUCGAAUCGAGUCUUCAAACAGGAAAACUGAGAAGCUCUGUAGUUACAAAAGAUGAUAACAAUGUUGAAUCUGGACUUUCUAUGCAAAAACUGAAAAGACCUGUAGUUUCAAGACAAGGUAGUGUUCUCUCUUGCUGUGUUCCUGAAAGCUGGAACCCAAAUAGAAUCCUUGUAGUAAAGCUGAGAAAAACUGAAGUGAGUGAUUACUAUAAAGGAAUUGAAUCUCACGUGAGGGACAGAAAGUCGAGUAACAUAAGGAAUAUGGCAAAAAAAGAUCAACUGCAGGUUGACAGCUGUAUUGUGACACUGUCAGAAGACUACACAAAUCAUAUUCCAGGAAAUGGAAAUCAAGGUCACCGUAACAGGUCAGGGAGCCUUGAAAAUAUCACAGAAGAUUCCAACCAAGAGGACUGUGAAAAAGUAGGAGAUUCUGCUUGUAAUUAUAAUUGCAAUUCCUGCUCAGAUGUUUUCUUAUCAAAAUACAGUCUUAUCAAACAUGUAUUUACCCAUACUGGUUUGGAUGCUCCUGUACACAUUUGUAAAUUUUGUGGGAUAGUUUUUAAUUCAGAUGUUGAAUUGCAGAGACACAAUGAAAAGAGUUGUUCUAGAAUAUUGCACAAAGAACCCUGUCAUUUUAGUCAUAAGACUCAAGAAGGGAAAUGUAAAACUGAUAUUAAUAGUUUCUUGGCCAAAAAUGAAAGUGCAGAUGGUGAAUUUACUUGCAGUUCUUGUGAAAAAGUUUUUCCAUCAAAAUAUUGUCUCAUAAGACAUGUAUUUACUCAUAUGGAUGGUGUACAGGCACCUUCACAUAUUUGUAAAUUGUGUGGCAAGAUUUUAAGUGCAGCUUUUAGCUUGAGAAGACACUAUAAGUAUGGUUGUAAGAAGUCAUAUCGUGUUGAAUCAUGGAAUAGCGAUAAUCAGUUGCAAGAAGAUACACAUCAUGAUCACAGGAACUUGCAGGAGAAUGAAGUGGUCAAGGAAGAAGUGGCACGAGUUAAACAUGCUCCCAACACCAACAAUAAAGAGUUAUCAUCAAAAGAUGUCUAUGAUCAUGUUGAUGGCGAAGAAACAUACUCGUACAUCUGCAGUGUGUGUGGUGGAACGUUUAGUACGGCAUCAAGACUGAAAAAACAUUUUUUGAAACUUUGUAGCAGAAUAGAUGAUUCCAUACAGUACCUUAAUGGAAUACAAAGGAGGACACAAGAAAAGAAAAUGAGUGAUUGCUCAGAUAAGUCUGACAGAACUACAGGAGGAACUACUCAUUCUGAAUUCAAAUGUAGUUCAUGUCCAAAAGUCUUGUUAUCAAAAGAUAGUCUUACGAAACAUGAAUUUACUCAUAUAGAUACUACAUAUGCCCCUUCAUACAACUGUAAACAGUGUGGCAAGGUUUUCAAUACAGAAUUUCACUUGGAAAUGCACAUGAGCAGAAAGGAACAGUGCACAGCUGUAGAACAGAGAGACGGUGUUGUUGACCUUGACCUUUCUGACAAGAAAAGGUUUUUGCCUCAGAUUUAUAAUGUGUCACAACAGGAGUUGGCCAUAUCUACUAGUGCUGCACAGUCAUCAAAUUCCAAAUUUAAGAAUAUACGUGUCACAUACAAAUGGUCAGUUAGGAGUGGACGGAAGGUGAAAAUGUAUCUUUGUGAUUUAUGUGAUAAACCCUUUAAAAAAUCAAGUAACCUUUUAACACACCGACGUACGCAUACUGGAGAAAAAAACUGCAUCUGCAAUAUCUGUGGUAAAUCAUUUGGUGUGAUGGGCAAUUUGAAGAGACAUUUGAUGUCACAUUCAGGAGAAUAUCCGUAUACGUGUAAUGUUUGCAAUAGACAGUUUAAGCAGAAAGAACAUUUGAAGAGGCAUGGGCGUAUCCAUACAGGAGAGAGACCUCAUAAGUGCUGCAUUUGUGGAAAGUGUUUCAAGCAAUCAGGCUCAUUGCAAAAACAUAAAGUUGUACAUACAGGAGAAAAGCCACACAAGUGUGAAAUUUGUGGUAAAACUUUUGGUCUUCUUGGCAAUUUGAAGCAGCAUACAUAUACACAUGCAAAGGAAAGAUGCUAUAGGUGUGACAUUUGUUUUAAAUCUUUUAGCAAGUCCACUACGCUGAAAAAGCAUUCAUGCAUUGCCCCAAGUGAAGGCAGGCGAUAUAAAUGUACCUUUUGUUGUAAAUACUUCUAUCGAUAUUGUCUUCUGAAACAACACCUUGCUAUCCAUACAGGAGUACGACGUUACAAGUGUAAUGUUUGUGGGAAAUCUUUUAUUGGAUCUGGUAAUUUGAAGAUACACAUGUAUGUACAUACUGGAGAAAAACCAUACAAAUGUGAAGUAUGUGGAAAAACUUUUAACCAGUCCAGCAGUAUGAGGCGACAUUUAAGAGUACAUAAUACAAUGUAAUGUGUGCACAUGGUACUGUCUUCUGUAUGUUUAGCAUAAGAUGCAUUUAGAUACAAUGAUACAAAUUUUGUGUCACAUAAUUUUGGGUUGUAGAGAGAUAAUAAAAAUAUUUUAUGAGUGUACAUACUGGGGAGAACUUCACUGUGUAAAGUGUAUGAUGUAUGUUUAAACUUAGUAUUAUGAGAUGGCAUAAAAUAACCUGUGCUGCAGGUUCGGACUCAUUGGCUUUCUGUACAAGAUGCAUCCAUCAGCCCUCAGAAAUGCAAAUUUUGUAUAAGGCUGUUGAAAGUUAUUCUUGAAUGUGCAUAACCUAGUAUGAAUGAUAGGAUUACAGUAUCUGAAAGAUAUCGGCUGGAUAUUGCUACAGUAUUUAAAAGAUAUUGGCAUUAUUCUGGUGAUACAUAUGAUAGGAUUACAGUAUCUGAAAGAUAUUGGCUGGAUAUUGCUACAAUAUUUAAAAGAUAUUGGCAUUAUUCUGGUGAUACAUAAAUUUGGAUUAAUGUUGUGAGAUGUAUUUCUGUUGUGCUAAUAUAUUAUCUAUUUAUCACAGGUACCAUGUGGUGAUAUUUUUCAGCAUGUUAAAAAGAUAAUACAUAUUUGUAAAGAUAAUGUAAUGUCUCAAACUAUUUUGUCACAAUUAUGUAUUGAAAUCCAAAAAUUUGUAUAAUGUAUGAAAAUAAAUUUUAUGUCUCAAUUUA